AUGGGCAUCUUCAACGUGAUUUUGGCUGUCUACGUGGAUAUAACCAUGCGUGCUGCAAAAGAGAAUGACGUUAACAGCGCAGAGCAGUAUGCUCGUGAGUCCAUUCGGGUAGCCCGGUGUGCUCGCGAGCUUCUCAAGAGGUUCGCUACUGCGUACCGGGAACUCAGCGACGCUGAUCAUGGACCGUCGGCCGUGGAAAUGAUGUCUUCCAUGGAGUUUACCUCAAACCGAGCUGGGGUAUUCACGGACGAUGAUGUUCAUGAUCAAAUCGAGAUUUCGAAGGAGCUUUUUCUCGUUGUCAUUCAAGACAGAGGUGUGCAGCAGCUCAUGGAUGAGCUUGAUCUACCACCAGACCGGGCCAACAUGUUCGAGGUCAUCGAUGCCGAUGGGAACGGCACCCUCCACGUUCAAGAGCUGGUCCAGGGCAUGUUGAAAAUCCGCGGCGACCUCACCAAGAGUGACACAGUGGCCGCGUUGCUUGCCACGAAGGCACUCCAAAGCACAGUGGUACAAAUCAAGCGGGAUCUUGCACAGACUAUCGAGACUUUGCACUACAACCUCAACUAUGCUUCUUGGCAGUGCUCAGGCAAUCCGAAGGUUGAGCCCUUUCAGAAAACUACAUUCCAGAGGAGCUUUGAACAUCAUUCCGAUGUAGGAGUGGAGGUGGAAGCUGAGCCAAGAGCUUCCAGCAAAGCUCAUUUUCCAUUAUCGCCUUUACCUGUCCAGCCGGCAAAGCCACCGGACGUCACCGAAGAAGGUGACAAUGACCUUGAUGUUUUGCCUCGCCGAUUGUCUCAAGAUGUACACUACCCUUAA